UUGUAUGUACUUCUGUUACUGGAAAGAAGUAGACAAGGCUAAAUCGUCUCUGCUUUCACGCUAAUUAAAACAAAUCAAAGGCUUUCUUAAGAAUUCAACCCGUGACAGUCAGAAGAUUUAGCCAAAAGAUUAUGGGAGCAAACUGGGGUCUGCAUUCAGCAAAGAAAAUCUACAAGCAGAGAAGUAAGAAUCUGUCAGUUCAGACAUCAAGCAAUGCCGCGCCCUGACUCUCUUAGUACCCUAGGGGAAUAUUCCAGCUCUGGUAGGGGUCGCGGGCACAUAAGGCUCAGUGCAGAACAGACUGCUGGAAUUGCUAUACUAGCUAUAGUCAUUGCUCUUCUGUUCAUCUUUGGAUGCUGGUACUAUAAAAGGCGCAGUGGCUACAAAAUAUUAGGGAGCCAUCAGUUCAGUCCAGCAGCGAUUAGAAAUUUCAUUGGAGGAUCCAGCAAUGACAAUGAAAGUAAGAUGCCCCUACAAGACUACAGCACUAUGAAUAGUGUGGUACCUGGAGCACCUCCUGCGUAUGAGAAAAUCUCCACAGACUUCCAGCCUCCACCAUAUACACCAUGAAAUGAGCUUUACGUCAUGUAGCUAACUAGCUUAACAUCAUUACAGGAAAAUAUUUGUCCAUUAUGACAAAAUAAAAACAAACUUGUAUUUGUCCAUUAUGACAAAAUAAAAACAAACUUGUAUUUGCUGUAUAA